UCGAAAUAUCGCGGGAUUUAGGCUGAAAGAACGGUGGUUUCCUCUGAGCACCGGGGCAGGCAGCAGAGCCGCACAGGUAACCAGCUGGAGCCGCAGCAUCCGCGUUAGAACACCCUCAGACACCUCCCCCUCUGGAGCUUCCGUCCGGAGCGCCGCCACCCGCUCAGGUCACCUUCCAGCCUCUCCACCGGCAUUUUCCACCGAGCAUCUCCGUCAGAAGAUGACACCUGGCAAACGCAGAGCCGCAGUCAUGUCCUUAACGGUGGCGAUAUUUGGGAUGUUGAUGCUGCAGUCCGUCUCCUCUCAGAGCGAGCCAACAAUUGUUGCGUCCGAGCACGCCACCAUCACAGAAAUCAUGGACAGUAUCACUCUGCAGUGCAACCUCACCAGCUCCUUCUACGAGCCCUAUGAAAACUACUGGAUGAAGAACGGAGAGAUGAUCCCUGAAUCACAAAGCUCAAACCCGAACACUGAAUACAGGGUGAACAAACCAAGAGGAGAUGACGCAGGAGUGUACAUGUGUGUCUACAACUUCCACAAUGCUCCAUCUGCCAACGCCACCAUCGAAGUUAGAUCUGCCCCCAUGAUAACCGGCCACAAGCGUAGUGAGAAUAAGAAUGAGGGGAGUCGUGCUGAGCUCAGCUGUAAGUCUGUGGGCUAUCCCCACCCUGCCUGGUCCUGGUUCAAGAUGGAAGACAGCAGUGUGAAGGAAAUCGACAACUCAACCGGACGCUUUGUCGUGGUCAACGAGGGGAACCACACCAAGCUCCUCAUCGCCAACUUGGAUAUUGACCUGGACCCUGGCGAGUACCAGUGCAACGCCACUAACAGUUAUGGCAGCGACAGCGAGGUGUCUGUGCUGAGGGUUCGCAGCCGCUUGGCUCCCCUGUGGCCUCUUCUGGGAGUUCUGAUUGAGAUCAUCAUCCUGGUCGUCAUCAUCGUUGUUUAUGAGAAGCAUAAGAAGCCUGAGGAUCUACAAGACGAUGACGACCUAGCUGGGCCGGCGAAAACCAAUUCAACCAACAACCACAAAGACAAGAACCUCCGCCAGAGGAAUACCAACUGAGGAGGCUGUCCACUGAAUCUCAUUGACCACAUAUUGACCACAUGAAGGUAAACUAGAAGCGACUCCAUCCCAGUGUAAAGGAUGUAUUUGCCAUUAAACACAUGAUUGUGAGUUGGGAGGGUUCAGUGAGGCAUGCCUUAUCUUUCACGUCAGGAGGGUGUGUGACACAAAAGUUCCAGAGUUGACAUUCUAAACAUUGUUGCUGCAUGCGAUUGUUGACAUUUUAGGUUUUAUUUUAUUAUUCUUCAUCAUUAAUAUUUCUAAUUUUACUACUUCUAAGAUAAUGCAUGCAAAAUGUUGACUUUCUGUUUGAUAAAGAAAUACUUUUUUCUCUUGAGGGUGGCUUCAUGUAGAAACUCUGUACUGUGAAAAACUAAACUGCAGUGGAAAAGAAAAAGACAAUGUGGUGUGACAGAUGUGUACAGUUUUAUUAUUCCUGUGUAAACCUGUCAUUCAUUUUAUCUGACUAUCUAUAUAAAUAUAUUUAUCACAUUUAAGGGCUUUGCAGUGUCCCUCUAAAAUUGGUUAAGAUUUACUUUAUGUAUGUAAUGUAUGUAUUACAACACUAUAAAUAAAUAUCAGAUCGCCAGUAUUUUUAUCCAUAUUAUAUGAUGCAUUUAAAUGUUGAGAAAAAAUGAAACAAGUUUAUAAAAUGCUUUGAGAAACUCUAUUAAACAUUUGAAUGUUUUAUUUUGUAAGUAUGUGUAUUGUACAGCAUGGCUAUUAUCCUAUGCAAUUAUUAUCCAUAUCAAUAUAUUGAAAGACAUUGCAGCUUCUGAUUUUCUGUGAAAAAGCUUUAAACUAGUAUGUUCACCGUAGAGCAUUGAUGGUAUAUAACACACACCUGCAUGAGUUUGGGUCAAGUGACGUGGGCGGAGGGAGGUGUGUGUAUGUGUAUGUGUGUAUAAGAAAAACCCACGUCAGAGCUGAAACGUGAAGAAACUCCAAGGUCACAAUCAUUUUUAAAAAUAAAAAUCUGAAGGAAAAUAAAACCCUGAAUCUUG